CUGUCUGUUUUUAAGUAGAAAUGCAUUUUGUAGAAAAGCCCCAGAGGCACUGUUUUCGUCCACUCCCACCUGACCUGCCCCCAUGUCUGGGCCUCAGGCACUGCUGUCCUCAACCACGCAGAGAUGGACACUGGCCCCAAGCGGCUGGGGAUCAAGACCGGGCCCCCACAGGGACACCUGUGCCAGGGCCACACCUACCUGGGACUGCUGCGUGCAUGACUGGCCUCCCCAGCCUGCAGAGGACCGUGGUGGCUGGCCUUCCCUUCUGGCUGCACUAGGCCCCCAGACACGUUUCUGGCUCAGCUGGCUGCAGACUGCUGGGUUCCUGUGGUGCUGCCAGCCCCACCCUACACACGUGCCCCGGUCAUGACUGAGGCCUUCAAAGUUCGGUCCACCUGGAGGGGCCGAGGCAGACCUGCAUGGUCACCCUCUUUGGCGCCGCGAGACCCAUCUUGAGUGUUUACAGUUUAAGAAUAUGAGCUCGUGCAUCAAAACUUGAACUAGAGACCGUCUAGCAGCCCAGAGGGCAUGCUGGCUUAAAAUCUGUCAAAUAAAUUAUUCAGGGCUUCCCCUCCUGCCCUCACCACUCUUGAGGUUCAUGUUUCUAAGUGAAGGAGCCCCACCCAGGCCUGGCCCCGCCUACCCCACUGCCAGAGCCACUACCCCAGCUGGGGACAGCACAGGGAGGCAUGGGGGCCCCUCCACGGGACCAGCACCCCCACCCUAACCCUGCGCCUCUCCUGGGCGGGUUCCAUCUUUCAGGUUGUGAUCACUGGAAGAGGGACCUUGUCCCAAGCUGUCUCAUGAAGGACAGCCCAGUGGCCCCCACCAGCCCCGACAGGAGCUGGGUUGGGAAAAGUGUGGGUGCCUCUUAGGGAGGCUUUCCUGUAGGGAGGGACAUGGAGGUUACCAGUGACUGUAGGCCCCCUCGCGGACAGGACACCCAUGGGUCUCGGCUCACAGACCACAGGAGGAAGUCACAAAUGGGCGGAGUACAGGCUGGGGUCACCGUGGGGAGGCAGGGGUUCCUCCCCAAGCCAGUGAGUGGAUGGCUCUUUGGAGGGGCUGGUGGGUAUGGGGACUCUGCUGACAGGUGGUGGGACUGCCCUGGGCUUCAUCCCUGGACACCCGUGCCAGAGCCGGCCAGGACUGAACGGCAGCAGGCGGCCCUGCCCUGGCUGCGGCUGUCCACUGCGGGCCUUAGAUGCCUACUCUCCUGUCCUUGGGAACGACAGGUCUGAGGUCUGUGGCCAGAGGGGCACCUGUGGGAGCCUCUGCUCUACCCUGGGCCCACACGCCAGAGCAGCCAGAGCACAGCAAGUCUCCCUGAGGCCCUGUCCUUUGUUCUGGAGAAUUCCUGCCCCACAGCUGACAGCCUUGAGGGGCAGUGAGGUUGCUGUGGGCUCAGGUCGGCCCUUGGUGCCCCCAGGGCCCAGCCAUGGUAGGGAAGCUGGCCCCCAGAGCCACCCCUUCUCUACUGUUGAAAACCCCUCAGGGCCCUUGGCCAUCCCUGGGUCCACCUGACUUUGAGCCAGUGUCUGCAGCUGUGGGGGGAAUGCCUAGCCAGGCUGACUCGGUGACUUCCUAGUGGCCAGUGCAGGGUGGGGGCCCCCCCUAGAAUGAGCCCCAGGGGACCGGCCCCCUCCCCAGUUUCUAUCCUGAGUGCCUCACCCAGCCCUUACCGAGACUCCAGGCCCCCAGACAGUGGGGGAUGGGGUCAGUGGACUCACCAGCCCAGUAACCCUGACAGGCAUCCAGGCUAGAAAGGGAUGGGGGAAGGUGGGUGCCUGAGGUCGGUUGGGAAGCCCAGCAGGGGUGGGGCAUCAGCAGUGGGGGCCCUGCGCAGCCCCCUCCCCAGUUUCUAUCCUGAGCGCCUCACCCAGCCCUUACCGAGACUCCAGGCACCCAAAAAAGACAUCAGCAGCUCAGGACAGAGCAGGCGGGUGGGGCACCUGACUCCGCAAUAUGUCAAUUGCCGGGGGCCCGCCCACAGCCCCCAUAUGCAGGUGAGCAUGGUGUGGGGUUUGGACAGCAGGCGCAGCCUUGGGUCACAGCUGGCAGCUGACUCCGCACUGGAAACACUGAGAACUCAGAGGUCAGCAAGAGUGAGAGCCCACUGCGGCCUGAGGUGAUGUGAGAGCAGAGUUCCUGCCCAGGGGCCUGGGAACCCCAGAAGGAGCUGGCCGUGGCGAGAUCGGGGAGGGGCAGGAAUGGCUGAGUCCACUGGUCAGCCUGGCAGGGCCGCCUGGUUCCCAGAGGGCAAUGCUAAGCCUUUCAGGAGCCCAGGGCCCAGAGCCGGAGGCUGUGGCCAGACCCGCAUGCGCACCGCACUCCAGAGCCCUUGCUUCUGGGUGGCCUCUGCGUCUGCCUCCCCAGCACUGGACGGUGGGGACACUAGUUCCUGCCCAUGUCAGAUGCACAGCCCUGACUGAUGUGCCCUGGCUGGCGUGGGGAGGGGGGCAGAGCAGUCAGCAGGUCCCCCGGCACUGGGCAAGCACCCAGGCCCCAAGUGAGCCCUGAAGGGGCCCCUGCCUGCCCCGGCCAGCCAUGCUUAGGACUCUGAGGUCGGUUCUGUCCCCAGACCUGGAGUGGGGGAGCACAUCCAGGGAGACUGGGGGGCUGCAGGCCUCUCUCCUCACCCGGCCAAGGAGAAUCCUGUCCAGCCCAGAACUCCCAACAUCCAAGAGCCACACCUGGACAGGGGUGGUCCCUGAGGGCCACGGGCUCUCCUCGGUCCAGGGAGUCCCCAGACUGUGGGGUCACAUGGUGGCAGCCCCGAUCCCCAACGGGUGUGCCUGCCUGCACUCAGCCUGGCCAGCCCACUGGCGUGUGCACUCCCAUAGAAGACACGUGUGACCACGGCUUCAUGUGCCAUCUGCCCGUCUGCCAGGAUGGGCAGUGACCCAGUGUGUGGCUACCAGGUGGGCCAGCCAGGUCCUGAGCUGCCCUACCUCCUGCACAGCAAGGCCAGGGCACCGGCACAGAUGGCACAUUCCUCAGGCUGCUGGUCUCUGGGUACUGACUGUGUCUGAGGAACUCGAGUGACUUCAGAGCCGGGAUAUUCCCAGGAGCCCUUGGGAGGCCAGCCAGGUCCCGAGCGGGAACCAAGACACUUCCUGGAGGUAGCAUGUGACCUGAGUCACAACCCCUAUGGGAACCAGAGCCCCAGCUGGGCCCUGCCACGCAGUAACUCCCCACACUGAGUCCCAGCCCUCACCCCGGAUCCGCACUCCUCUCUGGGCCCCCUCUCCAGGCACCCCCUUCCCUGUCCCCGCCCCCUUCCUGUGUCUCCCUCCCCUGUCUCCACCCAAAGACCCUCACUGAGAUGAUACCUGGUUAUGGGGCCGACUCUGGAGCCCAGCCCCCUCCUCAGCCCAAGUCCUCCUUCUCCUCUGGCAGGGAUGGGGCAGCCCCCACCCACAGUCACCCCAUCUCAGUUUCCAUGAGAGUCUCAGCCCCCCUCUGCCCCAGCCUCCACCUAGCUACCCUUCCCCAUCCUGUGGCCCAGCCUCCUAAGGCUUGGGACUUCCUCCUGACCUCUGACCUCUGUUGGCUCUUGUGCUUCUAGUGCUGUUGGAGCUGGGCAGCCUCUGGGGGUCCUAGGCCACCUGCUGAGGUGGUCAGUGGGCAACUGCCAGGUGUGGGCAUAGCCCGAGGUGUCUAUGGGGUGAGGGGGCUAACCCCCAACCCGGUGGACCCACUCCCCCAGCCUCACCAAGCCCAACACCCACUGCCACAGGCUUGGAAUUGGGGGUCCAUCUCACGCCCUGGGCCCAGCCCAGCAGCAGGGGCCCCGUCUGAGUGGCACCGAGGUGCACUGUGUGUGCUGGUCAUAGCCAGGGGCAGAGAAGCUUGGGAGCAGGAGAGCCAGCCAUGCCCCUGGGGGCCAGGAGGGCAAGUGUGAGGCAGGAGUGUGGCUGGGACAUCUCAGGCACAGGGUGGCUCGUUCCCAGCCCAACCCCCAGGCUCUUGCCAGCUGCAAGCCAGGCAUUCACACGGGCUGACCCUUUGGUUGGCUAGGACCCCCCACUGGCUGGCUAAAACUGCUCCCUUCUAACCCAGGAAGAUUCCUGGACCUCCCAGCUGGGUCAGGGGCUUCCUUGGACUUCGGGAUCUCUGCUUCUCCAUGUGUGACCAUGGCUGCCCCAGGAGGAGACACUCACCUGAAACAAGUCCUGUGGCCAGCCUGGCCCCUGACUCGGCCUCGCCCCCGACGCCACACCCAGGGGUGCUUCCUGAUUCCUCCCCAGAGCUCACUCCCAGCGCUUGCAGGCUGCAAGAGGGGUGGGCUGGGGCAGCAGCAGCACAAAUCUGGGAAGCCGUGCAUGUGUGUGCAUGUGCGUGCUGAGUGGGUGCAUGGGUGGGGAAGGGGGCAGGAACCAGGGGCUGCGGUCAGAGCACAGAGGCUGAGCUUGGGGGGCUCCUCAGAGGGUCCCUUUCUAGGAGGCCCACCCAGGAGCUCAGGUGUCACCAGGGCCUUGAACAGGGUCAAGGAGCAGCAGAUCUGUCUCCAGAGGGGCUUCUCCAGCAUCACAAGGGCCAUGGAAAGGUUGUAUCCAGGCAUCCAGCUCCCUCCAGACUUGUGCAGGCUGUGGAUGCCUACAAUGCCCCGCAGCCUCACCCCAGGCUCUGACCUUUCACCUCUGACUCCCCACCCUCUGCUUCCCAGCCCGCCAGGGAGAGGAUGGGAGGCCAACCAAUCCCAGAGGCCCCUGGCCCCACCCCUGGCCAGCAUGACCUGGAAUGUAUAAAUACACCUGCCAGGAGCACACGCCCAGAGAACUAACACCUGCUCCGCACAGAGAGCCACGCCUGGAAGAGCACACGCAUCCCCCUGCACCCCACCUGCUUGGACAGAGCAGAGGGCACACCUGCCAGACUAGUGCCACUGGGACAGCUGCUGGCAGCCAGCUCCACAGAGGGACACCUGCCAGGUAGAGCACAGGCCUACCCAGUUCCAGGGGGCUGGACAGGAGAGCUCGGAGCCUGGCUGUGGCCAACCAAGAAGCUCAUGCCCAGGCCCUACUGACCUGCACCCGCCAGGGGGCCAGUGGCCUUUCCAGGGUCUCUGGGGCUGGUUCCAGGCAAAAGAAAGGGAUAGUGCGUGGAUCCGGAAAGGACAGGCUGCGGUCACUCACAGUGGCCUGUCGUCCCACAGCUCAGCACCAUGCCAUCCAGCCAGCAGGUAUGGCACACGGCCAUGCCACCCCCUAGCCGGAGCAGCCCAACAGCCAUGGGGCCCAGGUCCCCCAGCUCAGCCAGCAGCCCCAGGUCCCCUGGGACCCCCAGCACCCCAGGGUCCGAGAAGGUGGCCUCCCCUCUAGAGUGCUCCAUCUGCUUCUCGGGCUAUGACAACAUCUUCAAGACGCCCAAGGAGCUCUCCUGCAGCCACGUCUUCUGCCUGGAGUGCCUGGCGCGGUUGGCAGCUGCCCAGCCGACAGGCCAGCCUGGUGGCGAUGCUGUGCCCUGCCCGUUCUGCCGGCAACCCACAGCUGUACCUGCUGCCGGGGCCCCUGCACUGCGCACCAGCCGCCAGCUGCAGGCCAAGCUGCCAGGGCACCUGCGACAGGAGGAGCCCGUGUGGCUGGAGGGCACGAGACUGUGCUACCGCCCCUCGCCCUCGGCCAGCGGCCUCCCAACACCUGGCUUUGUGAGUGUGGAUGUGGGUCUGAGCAAGCCCACUCAACCCACUGUGCCCACAGCUGCCCCGGGACCUGCCCAUCAUCGGGGCCGCCUGGUCCGCUGCUGGGCCCGCUGUGGGGACUGGAGGCGCAUGGCGCUCAUCACAGCCCUCCUGCUUGUGCUGUUCUGCGUGGUGCUCUGGCCGGUGCAGUGUGCCCUCAAGACCGGGACCCUGCGCUGCCUCCCCCGGGCCCCCACCACUGUCACCACCACCACCACCACCACCUCUCUUGGGCCCCUGGCCGACAACUAGGGUCGGCCACCCCACCACAGCUCCACGUGUGAGUCUUUGGCCCACACUGGGGUCACGGGAGUGCAGCAGCUGUUGGGAGUUGCUCUCCCAAUCCCCAGAGGAGCCCCAACAUCUCUGAGAACCCCAUACCCUAUUCAGCUCACCUGCCCCCAACUCUGUGGGGCUGGGUUCUGGUGGGUUGGUCAGAAUGGUCCCCAAAGCCUCCAAGAAUCACAGGCUCCUAUGGGCUCCAGAGACUACCCCCUAACUCCCAUCACACAGGUGGGGAAAACGGGUCCCAGGAGAGGCUGCCGGGUAGGCUCCUCCCUGUAUACGCAGUGAAUGGCCCCUUGCUGAGGAGGGAGGGGCUCGCCGAGCUUAUUUUCACAUUUCACCCACUACUCCUUCCCAGACUCCUCCCCGAGGGGGGGGCAUGCUAAAACCCCUCCAACCAGGGGGACCCACAGAAGACAGUGGCAGGGAGCCCAGCCCCCCAGAGUCCAUCCCACCCUCCUGAAUUGCACAUUUUUUAAUAAAUUAUUUUGUAUCCA